AUGUCGGGCUACGGGCGCCCUCGGCCCGGGACGCCGUCCCCCAGGACCCGGCCCCUCUGCCAGAAGCUUCGCUUCACCUCUAGCGACGGGGAGGACGAUGAGGCCAUCGAGGACGUGAACAACAGCACCGGGGCCGAGUCGGGCUUCACCGAGCUGGACUCCCCGAUGCAUGUGCUUCGGGACGCCGGGGAGAAGCGUCUGGAGGGCAGCCCUCUGAGUCCGCUGAGCCGGGCCCGAGAAGACGACGGAGGGCUCUGGGACGAGGAGGGCUUCGGCUCGCCGUCCUUACACUCCCCAAGCAGCGUUAUCUUUGCAAACUGCUCGCCUUCUCCGCGGAAGAGUUCUCGUCUGUUCUGCGGGUCCCCAGAGCCCUCCUUCGUCCAGGACGAAGCGUCCAGCUCACCGAUCCCGGACUGUCCCGACACCCCCCCGCACAAGACCUUCAGGAAGCUCCGGCUGUUCGAUACUCCCCACACGCCCAAGAGCCUGCUGUCCCGAGCCCGGGGCUCCAGUGGGGGGCCCUCCAGCCGGAGAGUGGCCCUGUUCAAGAACAACGAGCAGGCCGGGAAGGCGGCCACAGACGGUGGUGGCAGGAGAAGCCAGACACCGCUGGUCAACUUUAACCCGUUCACCCCUGACUCACUUCUCAUCCAGUCGGCCACGCAGCAGAGAAACAACAGAAAGCGAGCUCACUGGAACGACUCCUGUGGGGAAGACAUGGAGGCCAGCGACUGUGACGGGGAGGAUGACAUCGUUCCUCCGUCUAAGAGGAUCACCAUGAUGGAGAGCAACAUGAUGUCUCGCUACAUCUCAGAGUUCCACGAGCUGGAGAAGAUCGGCUGCGGGGAGUUUGGCGCCGUCUUCAAGUGCGUGAAGAGAAUUGACGGCUGCAUCUACGCCAUCAAGAGGUCGAAGAAACCUCUGGCUGGAUCUGUAGACGAGCAGAACGCCCUGCGGGAGGUCUACGCCCACGCUGUCCUGGGCCAGCACCCCCACGUGGUGCGCUACUACUCGGCCUGGGCAGAGGAUGACCACAUGCUGAUCCAGAACGAGUACUGUAACGGAGGCACGCUGUCGGACAUCAUCUCGGAGAACUACCGCCGGCUCUGCUACCUCACAGAGCUGGAGCUCAAAGACCUGCUGCUCCAGGUCACACGCGGCCUGAAGUACAUCCACUCCACGUCCCUGGUCCACAUGGACAUCAAGCCCAGCAACAUCUUCAUCUCACGGAAGUCUGUUCCCAGCCUGGACGAGUGUGACGAGGAUGAUGAUAACGAUGCCAUGACGACCAGUGUGGUUUACAAGAUAGGGGACCUUGGUCAUGUGACUAGGGUGAACAAUCCCCAGGUCGAGGAAGGGGACAGCAGAUAUCUGGCCAAUGAAAUCCUCCAAGAGGACUACAGUAACCUGACCAAGGCGGACAUCUUUGCACUGGCUCUGACUGUGCUCAGUGCCUCGGGGGCGGAGCCGCUGCCCACCAAUGGAGACAAGUGGCAUGAAAUCCGCCAGGGGAAGCUGCCCGCCAUCCCCCAAGUGCUCUCUCCAGAGUUCCUGGACCUCCUCAAGCUGAUGAUCCAUCCUAAGCCUGCCAGGAGGCCGUCGACCUCUGACCUCAUCAAGCACCCUGUGCUCCUCACCGCCGCCAGGAUGAGUGCGGACCAGCUCCGGGUGGAGCUCAACGCUGAGAGGUUCAAGAACGCCCUGCUCCAAAAAGAACUGAAGAAGGCCCAGAUGGCUAAAGCAGCAGCAGAGGAGAAGGUUCUCUCCACGGACCGGGUCCUGACCCGCUCCACGGUCCAGGCCAACCCCAGAACCUCCAGGCUGAUCGGCAAGAAGAUGAACCGUUCAGUCAGCCUGACUAUCUACUGAGCAGCCUCCCCUUCACCGUCUUUAAAGGUCUUCAGCUGGAGACCGGAGUGUGUUCAAGUCCUGGUAGCGGGCUGAGGGCCCAGGGUACGUGGUCGCAUUUGGCCGGGUCCUCCCUGGGCCAGGCGCUUCUAUUGGGUUUACCACUUUCUGAACUGGGGAAGGGCCUCGCAUUCAGCCUGCUCCUUGAACGCCCUGUUCUUCUCUAGGUAGUUACUAUACCUACUGUUCCACAAGGUUCGACAGAGCACCAGUCUACAUGGACUUCCUGCAAGAAAGACUAACUGGCAGCCAGUCAGUGACUUUUGAAGCUCUCUUCGUCGUGAAUGUACUUGGCCGUGAGCACCUUACUGCCUGUCGAAUGCCGUAUGCUGGGGUUCAGCAUAAAAUAAGAGCACUUUGUAGGUGACCAGUGGAUCGCGCCACGGAGAAACAAAGAAGAAAGGAACCCGCUGCUAUUGAUGUGUUGUCUGUCCGGAGAGGCAGGGUCACUUAGGACGUUUCCAGAUCGUUUGGCUCUUACUUUGAAGUAGCAGGAAUCUAGUUUCCUUUCCGAGUUAUGUGGUGCCUGAGGACCUCGGUGUGUCCUGUCGGUACGGAGUGCUCCUGGUUCCUGAGAGCGGCCCCCCCUGCCUGUAGCAUUAGGACCACCUGGUCCCUGGGGCUCGUUCACGUUCAUCACUUUGUUCCCAGAGGGCUGGUUUUCACACUUUGCUCUUCGUUUUUCUUUUGUUCUUGUUCUUGUAAACGCUAACAGAAUCUUGUUAUAACCUGUAAAUAUUUCCUUCCAAUAAAUUCUCCUCCAGACUAA